AUGCGCGGGAAAAGAAAACACCUCUCCUCUCCUGCGCGUGCAGCUGGCAGGAAAAGACACUCGCUGAAGGGAAACAACUCCCUCCUCUCCCCCUACCUCGGUCAUCUAGACCCCCUCGACCAACUCCUCACCUCCCUCCAGCUCACUCUCCAGCCCAACAUCCCCCCCAAGCCCCUAACCGACCUCCUCCCGCAGGUCCUCCUCGGCCUCGGUCUCACCUCAACCCUCCUCCUCCUCCUCAUGCGCCGCUUCUUUGCCCGCGUCGCCGGCGGUGGCGCCACGCCCAUCAUCUCGGGCGACGCCUCUCCGGACCCCAACCGCACCUCAGACACCAUCACCAUCAAGCACGGCAAGGACGAGUUCACGCUCACGUACGCCGCCAACGCCAUCACGGGUGGCACCCUCACGGUCGGUGACCUCCGUACCGACUGCAGCAGCCACAUCGCCGCAGACCCAACCCGCAUCUCGCUCCUCUGCGCCGGAAAGAACCUCAAGGACGACACGGCAACGCUCGCCUCGCUCGGCAUCUCCACCGCCGCAAAGAUCCUCUGCAUGGGCUCCUCCGCGCCCAUCCCCGCCGCCACCACCACCACCACCGACGCCACAGACCCGGGCAGCGCGGAAAAGUCAAAGAAGAAAAAGAAAAAGUCGGGCGCCAAGGCCCGUGGUGGUGGUGCGGGCUCGGGCGCGGUGACGCCAGAGGUGCAGAACAAGCCCGUGCUGACGCCCAUGCAGAAGAUUGACGCCGUGUGGGACGGCAUCGUAGCGAACCUGCUGCCGCUCAUGGAGGAGUUUGUGAAUAGCCCGCCGGCGGACGCGGCGAAGCGCGCCGACGUGCACAGGCGGCUGUCGGAGACGAUGAUGGGCGAGCUGCUGAAGCUCGACUCGGUGGAGAGCAGUGAGCCCGAGGUGAGGGCGCGCAGGAAGGGCGUUGUCAAGGAUAUUCAGAGGGUGCUGGAUGGGCUGGAUAGGGUGCUGAAGGCGCAGCAGGAGCAGGGUGGGGAGGUGGGGGAUUUUGAUCUGGAUUAG